AAAUUUAUUUUUGGCCUUUAAUUAUGUAUUUUUUCAUUUUAUUUGGAAUUUUCUAAAUUGUGAUUCAGUAUAAAAAUGGCAACGGCUAACUACUGCAAUCGUAGAAAGCCAGUAACUUGUAAGCGCUUAACAAAGUAUUCAAGAACAAAUGUAGAUUUAUUGAUGUCAGAGAAAAUAGUUUGUCCGAAUUGUGGUACAGAAAUUGAUGGUAAGGAAAAAAAAAGAAAGGGCAGUGAUGUAACCUCUAAGACAAGUACUAAGAAGAAGGGUAUUAAUAAUGCUAGGAAAAGUGGAAAAACUUCUGUGGUUUUGGAAAAAAAACCUUUAUGUACACCAAUUACGAAUUCCAUCAGUAAAGAUAUGAAUGGAUUGACUGAUGCAGUAUAUACCGCAAAAUUAGAUAAAAAAACUCUGAAGGAUAUACAACUAGAACAGUCUCUUAUUGCUAGACACCAGAUGACUAAAAAACUUAAUUUUGGUCGUCAUCAAAAAGUGUUCAAGAAUCUUAUUCCUUUAGACGUUGAUGAAUCCAUUAAAUAUUUGAAGAAAAAUGCUAAACUGCUGAAGAAACGCGAUAAUGGCAAAUGAAAUUGGAGAUGAUUUGAAGAAACGUUGUACCCCUGCGACAGUUUUUGUUUGCUAACCUAAAAACUGUUUGUUACUUGUAAGAUAUAUUAUAUUGUCUUACUAUUGUAUAAGGUAUAAAAAUAUACAAAAUUUGACAAAUCAUCCAAAAUUACGAUUCCUGAAAUAAAAAAAUAUGUCCUGGUGCUUUAAAAACAUAAA